AUAAAAAACAAUUUAGUCAAUAUGUGCAAUUAUUUAUUACAGUGUAAAACGAAAAUACACAGUUGUUUCAUUAUAUUUCUUGAAAGAAGGGGUGCUUCUGAAGAAAGCAUCGCAGUUGUUCGAAAGACGUCUAUAGUUAUAAAAAUGAUACGAUUUGUUAUACUUGGUUCAUUGAUUGUUUUAUCAAUGGCUCAGUUUCAACCUUCUAGAAGGAUUUUAGAAGCUCCAAUACCUGCACUUUGUGCACAAAGGAUUAUUCAUGAACGUUUUAAUGGCAAGGGUUACUACUACUCAUGGGCUGAUCCAAGAACGAGUGGACAAGAACUUGAUUGGUUAGCAGGUAGAAAUUUCUGCAGGCAAAGAUGCAUGGAUCUUGUUUCUCUGGAAACUUCUGUCGAGAACGAGUUUAUUAAAAGUCGCAUUGUUCAAAAUAACGUGAAAUAUAUUUGGACAUCUGGUCGACUUUGUGAUUUCAAAGGGUGCGAUAGACCUGAUCUUCAACCUCCUCAUAUUAAUGGUUGGUUCUGGACUGCAGAAUUACAAAAGCUUGCACCUACCAAUGAUCGUUCUAAUAAUGACUGGUCCGAAAGUGGAGGUAUUGGAAAACCACAACCUGAUAAUCGUGAAGCUAUACAACAAGGAGGUGCACCAGAGAAUUGUUUAGCAGUACUAAAUCAGUUUUAUAAAGAUGGAGUAAAUUGGCAUGAUGUUGCUUGUCAUCAUAAAAAACCAUGGGUGUGUGAAGAUAAUGAUUCUUUAUUGAGAUAUGUUCAUUUCACCAGUCCUAAUAUUCGUAUUUGAAAUAGCUUUAUUAUAUAUUACAUAAUUAUAAUUACUUAAUAUUUGUUAUGUAAACUUAUUAUGUUUAUU